AAAUACUGUUUUAUUCUAUCCCAGGGAACACUAGCAGAGAGGAUACGGGCUGGCGGUGCAGGCAUCCCAGCAUUUUUUACUCCCACCGGGUAUGGCACUCUCAUCCAGGAGGGUGGAUCACCCAUAAAAUACAACAAAGUUGGCAGCAUUGCUAUUGCAAGUGAAAGCAGAGAGGUUCGAGAGUUUAAUGGCAGACAUUAUGUCAUGGAAAAAGCCAUCAGGGGCGACUUUGCUUUGAUAAAGGCCUGGAAAUGUGACAAAGCAGGAAAUCUUAUUUUCAGGAAAACAACUCGUAAUUUCAACCAGCCUAUGUGUAAAGCAGCCAAAGUUACAAUAGUGGAGGUUGAGGAGAUUGUUGAUAUUGGAAGUUUUGGUCCUGAAGACAUUCACAUCCCUUCCAUAUAUGUAGACCGGGUAGUGCAAGGAGCCAGCUAUGAAAAACGAAUUGAGAAAAGGCUGGUUCAGUCUAGCAAGGAAGAGAAACCUAAAGUCAAACAGGACUCAGAUAUUACCCGGGAGAGAAUCAUCCGACGAGCCGCACUGGAGUUUGAGGAUGGGAUGUAUGCAAAUCUUGGCAUUGGAAUCCCUAUGCUGGCCAGCAAUUACAUUAGCCCUAAAAUCACUGUCCACUUGCAGAGUGAGAAUGGAAUUUUGGGACUGGGUCCCUAUCCAACAGAGAGUGAAGUGGAUCCUGAUUUAAUCAAUGCUGGUAAGGAGACGGUAACAGUUUAUCCAGGAGCUGCCUAUUUCUCCAGCGAUGAAUCCUUUGCCAUGAUCAGAGGAGGUCACAUUGACCUGACCAUGCUGGGAGCAAUGCAAGUUUCUAAGUAUGGAGAUCUGGCCAACUGGAUGAUUCCAGGUAAAAUGGUGAAGGGUAUGGGUGGCGCAAUGGACCUGGUGUCUAGUGAUGCCACAAAAGUAGUUAUCACUAUGGAACAUUCUGCCAAGGGUGGGAAACAUAAAAUCUUAGAGAAGUGCACACUUCCUCUGACUGGAAAACAGUGUGUUGACCGUAUAAUCACUGAAAAGGCGGUGUUUGAUGUCGAUAAGAGCAAGGGUUUAACUCUCAUUGAGAUUUGGGAAGGACUGACACCAGAUGACAUCAAAGCAUGCACUGGGACAGAGUUUGCGGUGUCAAAAGACUUACGACCGAUGCAGCAGAUAUGAGAUAAUACUGAGGAUUUAUAUUGACGGCCUUCUGCCAGUAUACAGGACCAGACCAAGAGAGAGGACUCGACUGCCUUCAUUUGAACAAUUCUUUCCUUUUUUGGAUGUGGCAUAAAUACAGAAUUCAUUGUUAAAUAGAUGCAUGACUCUUCUCACCAUGUUAAUUACAACUUGCUCGAAACAGAUACAAUACUAGAACAUAGUAACUCUCGAAGAGUGAAAAACCUCACAGGUAAGGUUUAAGACACCGUCAGACUAUAUUGUUUCUGAAUACAUAAUUUUAACACAAGUGAUGAAGAGCAAUGGAAUCUGAAUAGAUUUAAUAUUAAAUAUUUUAGUAAUAAUAUUGUUAAACAUUAUGAUGUACUGAAACUUAUUUUAAUCAAAUAUUUUAACGGUUGUUUUUUUGCAAUGAUUUUUGCAAGCUAAUCAGCACGGAAUAAUGCAGCUGUGCUACUUAAACCUGAUACUGAUUCAUUCGUUCUUGCCACAGUUUAAAAUAAAUAAUGUUGGCGUAAUGUUUGUUUUUAA